AUGGAGAAGAGGAAAGCUUCCGGCGAUUCUAUGUCAGGAUUGUCCAACAUUCCGGAAGUUAUCGAUCCAGGAGUGACAAUUCCCAUAUACGAAGAUGAUUUCACCUUAAGUGGUGGCAAUAAUAUAGACCAGCUACCAAUCCAGCCACAGAAGCUAGGUUCUUAUAGAUCCAAGGCAGGGAAAUUCUCCAACACGCUAUCGAAUCUUUUACCUAGUAUCAGUGCGAAAUUGCAUCAUAAUAAGAAGGGUUCAAAGGGUAGUAGUGCCGUGGGAGAAGGUAACCAUUCUGGUGAGUUAAGCUCGGAUGAUGCGACUGCAAAUACCAGUGAACAGACUUCGAAGUCGGGUUCUAUAGCUCAGAUUAAUUUGUCAGUGCCUGGACAUAUCACCCCGCCACUUGACGUAGAUUACAAUCAAGCUAUUCAUCUUCCGGAUAGUUCAAGUCUUUUGGUCCCAUCACAACCAAGGCUUUCCGGUGAUUCGUUCACUUUUGCCACAAACAGCGUCCCGCUUCAACCAACUGCAUCAAAUACCAUUUCCAGAACUAGGAACAAUACCGUUUCAUCUCAAAUUACUGGCCCUUCUAACGUCAACGGGUUGGUCCCAAAUGUCGGCAAUGUUUGGUUCCCUAACGAUAUGAGUGUGAAUCCAAUGUCUCCUCCUGGCAUUCAAACAACUACUAAUCCAACUAAUGUCAAUAAUAAUAAUAAUAAUAACAACAGCCAUUUAGCACCAGGUACGUAUAGUCCUUAUGAGGCAACUGGUAACUAUUUCGAUCUGAACACAAGUUCUAAUAACAUUAAUAACUUGGGUGUACCUGGAGCAACAACAGCUGGUGCCCAUCAGUUCCAAUCUCAACAAAUUGGAGGGGUUUGGAAUUCGAGACCUAGGUCUCAAUCAAAUGCGUCCAGUAUCUAUACCGACGCUCCAACCUACGACCAGAUGGAUACUAGAUCUAGGGCUUCUACUUUCAUUAUACCACCUUCUAUGGAUCCACAACUAAAAGCCACUGCUGCUUCUACCAACCCAAUUGUUCAAGAUGACAUGGAUUCCAGAUCGAUCAAUUGGGUGACAACUGAUCCAUCAGUACCAUCGAUCAACCACAUUUCAAACUUAUUACCAACUAAUACCAUAUCCAUCUCUAAUGUCUUUUCAUUGCAACAGCAGCAGCCUCAUUUGUCCAAUACUGUCAAUUUGACGAGUACAAGUUUGGCAACGUUGUGCUUGAAAUUUGGAACUGUCAUUUCAGCACGGACCUUGAGGGGCGUUAAUAUGGCAAUUGUUGAAUUUGCCUCUGUGGAAGCUGCCAUCAAGGCAAAAGAGGCUUUGAAUGGUAAAGAAGUAUCUCUAGUCGGUGCUCCAAGUACUGUUUCCUUUGCAAAAGUCUUACCUAUGCAUCAACAACUACCUCAGACUCAGCAAACUCAACAGCAAAAUAACCAUCAAUCUACUGCCAUCAACCCUCAGUCCCUGCUACAAGAACAGUUAUUCUCAGGCGCAGUCCAAUUCCAACAGCAAGGUAACGUAUCCGUUCCUUCUUUUACUGGCAAUACGCACGCACAAUCGAGCUCUCAAGCAUUUGUGUCACCUACCAAUCCAUCCUCAAGUAAUUCUGAGAAGGAACAAUGUCCAUUCCCACUACCACCACCAUCUUUCAAGGAGAAUAUCACUUUGUUGAACGAUACUAUUAAUAAGUUUGGUAUCAAUUAUGAUACAUCUCAGUACCAGCAUAUCAUUGCAAACGCAAUUGAAUACAAUGGAACAAGUGAUACUACUGAUUUCGGUCCAUUACCUGAGCCCUUAUCUACAAGGGAGUUCGAUGCCCCAAGGCUUCGUGAAUUACGAAAAAGUAUUGAUUCUGGACAAAUGUCAGAUUUGGAAAUUGAACAGCUAGUUCUAGCUAUGUUGGAUGAAAUACCAGAACUGAGUUCGGACUAUUUAGGUAAUACUAUAGUACAGAAACUAUUUGAACAUGCCUCUUCCGUCAUUAAAGAUAUUAUGUUAAGAAAGACAAGCGUAUAUUUGACAUCGAUGGGUGUACACAAGAAUGGUACUUGGGCAUGUCAAAAGAUGAUUACAAACGCAGAUACCCCAAGACAAAAAAUGUAUGUGGCAAACGGAGUCUAUAAGUAUUGUACCCCAUUGUUCAACGAUCAAUUUGGUAACUACGUUAUUCAAUGUGUGUUGAAGUUUGGUUUCCCUUGGAACAACUUUAUCUUCGAGAAUAUUGUUUCCAACUUCUGGAAUAUCGUGCAAAAUAGAUAUGGAGCUCGUGCAGUCAGAGCUUGUUUGGAAGCCCAUGACAUAAUUACUCAAGAACAACUCUUAUUACUUAGUGCUAUGAUUGUGUUUUUUGUGAAAUAUUUAGCCACCAAUAGCAAUGGGGCCCUUUUGGUUACGUGGUUCUUAGACACUUGUACUUUGCCAAAAAGACACUCAAUACUUGCUGAGGCAUUAUUACCAAAUAUUUUCGAAUUAGGGUGUCAUAAGCUUGCCUCAUUAACAAUUUUGAAAAUCUUGAACUAUCGUGGUGAUGAAGUUGCCAAAAGGGCUAUAUUAGAUACUAUCUUCGGCCCUAUGGAUAACGAAAUAUCUUCUAAACCACCUCAGCUCUUAUAUCAGUUGUUGAGUGACACGAAUUAUGGACCAUCUUUUGUUUAUAAAGUUUUGUCUAUUCCUAUGUUGGAAGGAGACGUUAGACACCAUGUUAUCGAACAAGUUCGCUACAUUUUGACCACAGAAUCUAAUAUCACACAGCAUCGCAGACUCUUGGAAGAAGUGGGCUUGAAUGCAAUAAACAAUCAACCAUCUACCGCUCAAACCAAGCCAAGAAUGAGUAUUUCCCAUGUUUUUGGUAAUGACCAUCCUCAACAUAUGAGGACUGUUUCCGUCAACAGUGUCAGGUCGGCAUCUUCUAGACCAAGAGCCUCCUCGAACGCACAAUCUCAACAGCAACCCAUCCAAUCUUCUCAGGUCCAAGCUCAGUUACCUCAACAAUCCCAAUCUCAACCUCAGCAUCAACCUCAGCAAGCGUCCAUUUCUGGCAUCUCUGGGCAAGCAAGCUACUACACCUACCCUGGCAUGUUUCCCGCUUCACAACCGUAUCAGUAUUCCACGUCAACCAGUGGUCUGAAUGAUGAUUUAGUGUCAAAUUUUGAUAUGCUGACAUUCAAUAAUGGCACGCAAAUAUCCUUGCCGCAACUAACAAUGAAUGGUCAACCACUCCCCCAUUCUCAGAAUAGACAUCAUAAUGGACAGUUUGGUGAUGGAAUGUUCAACCACUGA